ACCGCCGCGCGUUGUUUACUCGCGUUUCCCGAACGGUUCCCUGCGCGUCGCCGCCCCUGACCGACUCCCCGAUGCCCUGACGGAGUGACGGAGUGACGGAGACGUCCGUCUGUAGCGAGGCCACGCAACCGCCGCCGCGCUCUCGUGUCAGGCGAUGGCGAAUGCAGACAUCACGGUGUCCAUGGGGGACGUGGUGGUGGUCAAGGCAUCCGCAGAGGAAGGCUGCCCAGCCAGCAGCUCCAAGGCUCAGGUCGUCCUUCAGCUACAGCCCAUAUCUCAGGGGAUGUGUGAGGAAACUGGCGAAACGGACGCUGCGGCGGUCGCGUUGGAAACAAACCAGGGAGCAGCUCCAGCCCAAGAUGAGGAGGUGGAGUUUGGCUAUCCCAUCACAUGUGGCGAGAGUAAGGCCGUGCUGAUCUUUAAGAAGUUUGUGUGCCCCGGGAUCAAUGUCAAAUGUGUGAAGUACAACAACCAGAUGAUCAGCCCCAAGCAGUUUGUACACCUCUCUGGGAAGGCGACCCUCAAGGACUGGAAAAGAGCCAUUCGCCUGGGAGGAGUCAUGCUCAGGAAGAUGAUGGACUCGGGCCAGAUUGACUUUUACCAGCACGACACCGUGUGCACCAACACCUGCCGCAGCACCAAGUUCGACCUGCUCAUCAGUAACACUCGCUGCCCCCUGCAGGGCACAGAUGUGCCGGUGCCCAUCAACCCACAAGGAAACGGGGGUCAGACGGAAGGACGGGUCAGCGUGGAGGACGAGAGGCCAGAGGAGACAGCAGCCACGGCAGAGUGGAGCUCUGGCACCGUAUCCAUAGCGAACGAAGCGGAAGCCAAGAAGGAGACGGACAGCAUCUCUGAGGAGACCCUAAACUUCUGGAAGGGCAUCUCAGACGUGGGUCUCAUAGGGGAGGUGGUUACCAACAUCCGCGGCAAACUGCUGGACACGCUGAGGGGGCUGCAGCUGCGCACUGUGCAGGCAGAGCCCCUGGAAUCUGACAUGGCAGUGCUGACCAACCUGGCCCAGGUGUUUGGACUUCUGGACACAGUGAAACGCACUCUGGAGAACCGCCGCCAGCAAAUGGACCUGAGCCAGGAUCAGGUCCAAAGCACACUAACGGGCCUGGAACAGCAGCUGGAGGAGCAGAAGAAGCAGGCACGUGAUUGGUUGGCCCGCACACAGGUCCUGCAGUGUGUGCCUCUCUCCUCCCCAAGUGCCUCCAAGCCGCCAUCGAAGCGGCCACGGCUGCAGCGACCGGUUUCGGCCGCCAUGCUGACCACGGGCAUGCAGUCUGCCCCGCAGUUCACCGUCCUCUCCCCCAUGACCUUCUCGUCCCUGGGCCAGCCGCUCGCCGUGACUGGCCUGCCGCUCGCCCAGCCGACUGGCACGGUCACCCUGCAUCCGCUGCCCGCCGGCUCCCAGCUGGUCACCCGCUACACGGCCACCGGCGCCUCGGCCUGCAAGGCUGACACAGUCACGCUGCACCCCUCGUCCACGCUGACCCUGCUCAGCACUGCUGCGGUGCAGGACUCCGGCCAGCUGGGGGCGCUGGUGAGCCCGGUGGAGCUCGUUCACCUGGCGGAAGAAGACAGGGAUGCUGGAGAUGCAGAGAAGACAGAGUCAGGGGACAGAGGGGUUGUGGAGAGGCCAGUUCUUAUCCAGGAGAGCACAGAGGAGGAGGCAGAAGAUGAGAGCCAGAUGCAUACUACGGUCAUUGAGAUUGACCCCGCCCCAGGGGAUCAUGUGACUGAAGCUAUGGAGUUGCAGCUCACAGGUGAGAUGGUGGGCGAUGACGAUGGUGCCGUGGUUGUGCAAGGAGAAAUGGAGAUGGUGGAGACGGUCCAGGAAGCUUCCGGUGUAUUGGUCCACGGUGAUGUGGUGGAAGUGGAGGAAGUAGGAGAAGGGGAAAGUUUGCUUGUGCACGGAGCGAUGGAGGAAGUGGAAGGUGGAGCCAAUGUGGUCCUCCGUGAAGACACGGAGGAAGUGGAAAGCGAAACCAGUGUGGUCUUUCAAGGUCACGUAGAGGAAGUGGAAGGCGGAGCCAGCGUGGUCCUUCAAGGACAUGAAGAGCAAGUGGAAGGUGGAGCCAACAUGGUCCUACAUGGAAACAUGGAGGAAGUGGAGGGUGGAGCCAGCAUGGUCCUUCGUGGAGGCAUGGAGCAGGUGAGCGGACUGCAAGUGGAGCAGCAGGGGCAGCUUCACAGGGUGCAGAUCGUGGUCAUUGAGAACGACGUUCACAAGCAGCGGGAGACUAAGUGAGAGACGGUGGCGCUGAAAGAGAGCGGCUGGAACUCAACACAGCGCCGCACCAAACCCUUCUUAUUGAGUGGCUGCUCCAGCCUGGGGGUCUUGCGGCUGUGAGGUUCCAUGACGAAGCUGGAAGCUGAUGAUCCCCCGGUUAAGACAUAAUCUCUAAACUCAUUCCUUUGUGUGAUUCCUUUAUUAAACUUGCAGGAGAUGUGGGCAACUUUCUGGCAUCUCUCUUCUUUCCUCAUGUCACCGUGGGUCCUGCGGUGACACCGAGGCCAACGUGGUUAGACGCCUGCGACCACCCCAUGGCUCCUGUUGCUCUGCUCCUCAUGGCCUGAGGUCUUCAGCAGACUGACCAAGGUGCCCUUCUGGGACCGCCUAAGGGGCGAGGUUCCUAGGUUGUGCGGCAGGUUUUGGGGGUCUAAAUGGGAUUCAGAUGGAAGCUGUGGAUCGUCAGACCGUCUCUGCUCCUUUCCUCAGCAGAACAGGUUCCGAAUGUGAAGCUGGGUCUUGUGCUGCCCCGAUUUCUGAAUCGCAGCUCGUUCCCACGCUCACCGUUAGGCAGUCGGGUCGGGCCCCCGUUAGAUGCGCCUCUGGUUCCAUCCGAGUGCUUUGCGGUCCCGAUGUUCUGCCGCCGAUUUGUGCGGGGCGUCUGAGCUCAGUGAGAAACUCUCACAGAUUUAGUUUUGAAAGCCCUCAAAGACUCCGCUAUGAAAGGUCGCAAGUAGGAAGCGAAAGGAUGGGGAUUAAUUAGACACAAUGACACGCGGAGAACUCCGGGUGGCAGCAGGCCGUCUGAACGGCACGAGGGCGUCUGGAUCCGAGCCUCACGCCUCCGUGGCUCGUACACAUCGCUAGGUGCCCUUUAAUUUGUGCUUGUCGUGGCUUUGCCGGGGGCCGCCGGGAACUUGCCGGCCCUCCUCGGCGCCUCGUAACCGCGUGGGAACGGGGCCGACGGGGGCAAAGGCGACGAGGCCGCGUGCGCUGUCGAGUCGACCGCCGUCCCUUUUGCCGAGAUCAACAGCAACGGCGGCAGAUUGUUGGAAGGAGGUGCGACUGACAAAGGUUUCAGACCGAACGAAACUCUCCAGGUCGUGUGGCACUCGUGUGGAAACGCGCUUCUUGGCACCGCUCUGCACGGAGACGUGGCAGUUGUGCUUUAGAGGUGUUGAGGAGCAUACGGUAAUAGGAAACGCACAAACGGUGGCUUCUGCACGUAGAAUCACAGCGGGAGUGGAAGUCUCUUCGUAAUGACAAAGAGUCGCUUUUACCACACUCACGUCCCUCUCUUUACUCACUGCUUAGGCUCUGUAAAACCUUGCUGUAGUGAAAAUACAUAAGAAAAUACCCUGCAAGACUUUUUAAAAAAAAUUUUCCUUGAGCUGCAUUAAGCAAGGAAAUGAACGCUUGUCUAACUGA